AUAAUUAUUAGGAUUAUGUUAAAGUUCCCGCUUUUGUGAAUUUGCAUUUGAAUUCAUUUUCAUUCGGUGUUUUCAUUGCAAGACGAUAUCGUUUGAAGAAGUGUACUUAGGAAUAAAAAAGGAAUUUAAUAAUUAAUGCAUACAGAACGUUGUGAUUGAGCUGAGUUAGGCUGUACUGUGAUAAUAUUUGCUAAUAAGUUCACAUUUUAUUCUAACAAUGGGCAAGGAUGAGAAGGAAGACUCGGGCUUCGGCUUCAAGGACAAGGCGAAGGCCGAAGAGACGCUCCGCCUCUUGGAGGAGCACGACCCUAAUUACAGAAGACUCACUGUCAGGGGUCUCCUUGGGAGGGCCAAGCGAGUACUCUCAAUGACAAAAGCGGAAGAGAAGAUAAAGAACAUAAAAGAGGCGAUGGAGGUGUUCGAGAACUGGCUCGCGGAUCUAGAAAAGGACAAGGAGAAGAAGACUGAGAAGAAAGAGAACAAAAAAGAAGAGAACAAAAAAGAAGAGAAAAAAGAAAAGGAUAACAGCGAAGACAACGAAAAGGAUAAGGAGUCAAGCUCCGAUGUGGAGAUGGAAGACAAGUCUAAGGAGAAGAAGGAACUCCCACCGGACACAGUGCCCGGGUUAGGCUUCAAGGACAAAGCGACAGCUGAGAGUACUUUGAAGGAACUGGAGGGGAGGGAUCCCGAUUAUCAGAAGCUGGCUGUGAAAGGAUUAUUAGGGAGGGCGAAGAGGGUAUUGACUUGCACGCGCGAUGAGACCAAACUAUCAAAUAUAAAGGAGGCGAUGUCGAUCUUCGACAAGUUCCUCGACGACUUCGACACGAUGCACCUGAGCAAGCAGAACAACCCGUACCUAAGUCUCGGGAUAGUGCGGACAUGUCUCAACAUGGCGGCCGACUCGGCGACGGACCAACAGAAAGCCUUCAUAGCUGCGUACAGUUCAGUGAACGGUGAAUACAAACGUCUGCGCACUGUCGCUGAGAAGGAAGGCGGAAAGACCUGGGACAUCGUGAGGAACGCCGCGCUCAAGGAUCUUAAAGAGAAGCACGCCGAUGCAAAACUAUUCGAUGAAAAGGACGAGCCUACAAAAGAGCAUUUAGAAAUGCUCCUCUGGGCCUACUCACCGGAACAGGCGCGCGUCAAGAAAACAAUACAAGAGACUAAAGAAGAGAGUGAGAAGGAGAGCAAACAAGAGAAAGAAGUCAAUGACCGCAAGAGAAGGAGCAGCGCGAGAGACGACGAGUCUCCAAGUAAAAAGAAGAAAGAAUAAAGUUUCAAGGUCAUUUUGUAAUGAAAUUGUAUUCAAGUACAAUGUGUGGUAAAAGUUGAUUUAACUGCAUUUAUUUGUUAAUUAAUAAAAAAGCAUUUAUUG